AUGAAGGACCUGAGGACAUAUCUAGCAGAAAGUAAAGUGGAGCAUCUAUACCAGUUAUUUGAAAGAAUAGGAAUAGACGAGUCUCAAUUAUUGGCAAAACUCAAAUAUUCUGAUCUGGAAAAAAUUGGAAUCGAGAAUCUAAUAGAAAGAAGAAAGGUUUUUGAUAUAAUCAAUGAGAUAAACCAGGACAUAUACAGUGAAGACAUAGAGAUGAAUGAAAACGAGUCUCAUAAGGAUAUCCACCUCUCAUCUCCAUUUAGUUUCAAGAGAACUGAAAAAUCUGAAUGCCAAUCUUUCCUUGGAAGCCUUGCAGAAAAAAAUGGUCUUUUGUUUGGAAGUGGAGAAACCAUAAGUCAAAAAUUGUCUUCAUGCCCGAUGCCAAAGAGAAAUAGCUUUGAGAGGUCUUUGAUCGGGUUAGAUGACAUUAAUGUGGGAGGUAACAAGACAGCUCUGGAAUCGUCAGAUCCAAAUCUAUCUGUUUCCUCCGAUGCUAGAGAGAUUAUGGCAAGGGAGGAAAGGAUAAUUGUUUGUGUUAGAAAAAGGCCUUGUAAUGAUCCAAAUCUAGACAUAGUUGGAGUGGAAGGAAAGGAUGUUAUUGUUCAUGAGGAAAGGCUCAGAGUCGAUCUAAGGCCAUAUGUGGAGCAUCACAGAUUUAGAUUUGAUUAUUCGUUUGAUUGGGACAAGAAAAACAUCGAUGUAUAUAGAGAAUGUGUGAAAGAUAUUGUGAACCAUGUUGUCUCUGGGGGGCUUGGGACAGUUUUAGUAUAUGGCCAGACUGGAACCGGAAAAACAUAUACGAUGCUAGAAAAGGACAUUGGGAUGAUGUAUCUAGCAAUUAAGGAUCUUAUGGUCUUCAAAGAUCAUGGAACAGUAACGUUUUGUGAAAUAUACAUGGGCCAGGUCUAUGAUUUAUUGGACAACGGAAAAAGAAUACAGCUGCGCGAGGUCAAUGGAGUGGUGCAUCUUUCAAACUCAAGAGAAGAAGUGUUUAGGGGGUAUUCCCAAGUGCUUAGCAUCAUCGAUAGAGGAAUGUCUUUGAGAAAGACUGGCAUGACUGGAGCCAAUUCUAAAUCGUCUAGAUCUCAUGCAGUGAUAUUAGUGAACUUCUCUGACAAGAAAGUAGAAAAGGGGGAUCCAAAGGUUCAUUCUGGAUCCAUAGUGUUUGUCGAUCUUGCUGGAAGUGAGCGGGGGUCAGAUAGAAGAGAGACCAGGUCUGACGUCAAAAACGAGGGUGCCGAGAUCAACAAGAGCCUUUUGGCUUUGAAGGAAUGUAUUCGAGGAAUGGAAAAGGAUAAAAAGCAUCUUCCAUUCAGACAAAGCAAGCUAACGCAAAUACUCAAAAACUCUUUUAUUGGAACAUCUAGAACCUGUUUAAUAGCUACUGUAUCCCCUACAUCUGAGAAUGUUGAACACACUUUGAACACAUUGAGAUAUGCUUCAAGGAUAAAAGAGAGUGUUGUACCUAAGGAAAAGAGAAGUAAAGAAUCACCAAAUGCUAAUAGAUUUACAAGCCAGAGAAGGUUGCCAGAAAUGACAUCCAAACAAGAACUUGAGAAAGUGUUUAUUGAAUCUUCCAAGUCAGACCUAUCUAAAACCAGAGACACCCUUAUGCAUGAAAUCAGAAGGACAUUGUCAAAAAUUGAAUCUAGAAUUCCAUCACUAAAGACUUCUGAAGAAUUAGAAAAAGUACUAAAUUUCUGUAAGGAAUUGGAAAAAGAGUUAGUAUCUGAGAGGACUAGAUAUUAA